UAGCUUUAAGCACAAGGAGACAGCUUGGUUGACAUUCAGCAGCACAUUACACCCACUACCUGACCACAUCCGUUUAAGGUGGCAAACACAUACGCCAGCCCCAAAUAUAAGUAGACAUAUACCUUGUAAAGGCGGUCCACCAGCACAUCAAGGCAAGGCGCCUCCGCGACACUGGACUCUCCUAUAAACAAAUGUUAUUUAAUUUUAGUAACGGCCAACACAGAUGCCACAACAUUAUCACAUGCAAGGUAACUUAUCCCGAACAAAGCAACAACAUCCGCGGUUCCAGUCAGCCAGUCACAGACACCUGUGCUCGUCACACUGCUCCCAACCAGAAUAAGUUUUUCUUUAAUUUUUUUAGAUAGACGGAACAGAGAAUGGGACCGGUGAAACAAAAACAUGAUUGAUGGACGCUUCACGGUGUCGUUGGAGCGCUGAAAAAAAGUUGAGGCCAGCUCAGCUUUGAUUUGUAGCGCGUCACUCCCGUCACACAGCAACAAGUGUCGGGCGUCAGUUUGUAGCUUUAUGUCACCGGCUUCCAUUGAAAAUGACUUGUAGCGUGAUGCAUUGUCACCGGUAGUCUGAACACAGCUUCAACCGGAAGGUCAGCAAGAUGGCGGUCUGAGCGGUCACGUUUGCCUCUGGUAAAUUCCCUCCAAAGUUAUCUUUUGACUACUGUUCCCACUAUUUUAACUUGUUUAAGAAUUCUAAAGUUUUCCUGACUGCAACAAGACAAAAUGUCCCCUCCGAAACCAAUGCAACCCGCUGUUUCAUUGGAACAAAGUGGCCAUGACUAUCUUUCGGCAGGUGAAACGUCAAUGGACACAGAGCGUAGCCGUGAUAAGAGGAACUUGGACGAUUUGAGUGAGUCUGUUCCCUGUACUCCGUCCAAAGGUGAACAUGUUCGCAAAAUGUCAAAGUCAAAUGAAGGGGAAGCUCCAAGUUCUGCUAUUCUUGCUGCAAUAAACUUGUUGAAUAAGAGAUUUGAUACACUAGAAAAGAAAAUGGAAAACAUGGACACUAAGUUAGCACAGAACUGUGCAAUGCUUGCUAGCCUCUCGAAAGCAGUUGAAUUUAAUGCAUCUGAGAUCAGGGAUUGCAAAGGCAGAGUAUCUGUGAUGGAGAAAAACUUGGAGCGAUUGUGUGUUGAAAAUGUUGAGCUGCAAGAAAAAUGCAGAGAACAUGAUCGCUAUAAAAGAAGGUGGAAUCUCCGGAUCAAAGGCAUGAAAGAGACCAUGAAAGAAGAUACCAGAGCCAAAGUCAUUAAUCUCCUCAAGAAGAUAGCUCCUCAAUGGGCACAAAACAUGGAGGAGAUUGUGGAUACGGUACACCGGAUUGGUCCAAAGUUAGACAGCAAAGUGAGAAACAUAAUCAUUCAGUUUACAAGAUGCCAACACAGAGAUGGGUUCUGGAAAAUGACCAAAGUUUCUGCUGUCUGCAAGAACGCUGAAACUCACUCAUGUGCCUCUGACGCCACAUACUGGUCAACGCAGUGGGGGGACAAAAUUCUCUUCAGCCACGGGAGCAACAGAUCUGCAGGAGUAGCCAUCUGCUUUAACAAGUAAUGUAGUCUCAUAUAAGUCAGAUGACAAUGGUCA